AUUCUGAGAAAAACUCUGCGAGGGUCUCAGAGUGAAGAAAUGGUAGUAACACAGGAGACACCAGCUUUGAUACCAUUUGGAGAUGUGGUUGGCUGCCUGGCUGUUCAUAUAAAGAGUUGCAGACAAUUUUCUCGAAGGUUCAUUUUACAGCAGUAUACUAAUUUGUUCAUUCGUAUCUCUAUAAACCACAUUGUGAAGCGAACAAAAAUUCAUGUCUUGAAAUCUACUAGCAAUGAAAAGAAUGAAAAGAACUUUGUAAUUAAAUUUGAUGAAGUGAAGUAUUUUUCUGUACAGGUUCCCAGACGUCCAGAUGAUGAGCGGAACACUAUUUUCUUGGAACUAAUGCAAGCUGGAGAUUCAGAAAAACAUCCUCUCUUUUCAGGCAGUGUUGAGGUACAUCUUUAUGAAGUAAUUCAGAAAGGCUGCUUUACUGAAGUACUACAAAUGAUGCGUAAAAACACAUGUAUCUGCAGGGUGGAGGUGGAAUUUAUGUUCUCUUAUGGAAACUUUGGUUAUGGAUUUUCACAUCAGUUAAAGCCUCUGCAAAAACUCAUUGAACCAUCUAUGUUUAUGAAUAUUGCACCUCCUCCAGAAAGAACAGAUCCCCUCACAAAGGUUAUUACACCACAGCCAGUAGAAUAUCCAGCAUUCUUAUCCUCAGACCUGAAAGUUACUAUUGGAACUACUGAUGGACACCGCUCUAAACACCCGUCUACUGUGAAACUUGAAAAACUUCAGGAACAACCCCGGGAAAGGCUGGAAAAAAUGAAAAAGGAGUAUAGAAAUCUGAGUACAUGGGUGGAAAAAGCUGAUUAUUUAAAAAGCAUUAUUAACCCAAAAGUGGAUUACAAAGAUUCUAAGGUAAUUGACAAUAAUGCAUUCUCUCUUAUGCAGCUUUUAAUGCAUUUUAAUCAAACAUACUAUGAUAUACACUACAGAAAUUAUGAGUUGCUGGAUAAUGGUAAUAAGGAAGGCCUGAUUAUACCAAUUUUGAAAUUGUUGGACCAAGACAAUUCAGUGCCUGCUGUUUACAAAAGUGGUGAAUCAACACCCACAGAUAGUCCAUUGCCCCCUGUUCAUACCGUACAAAUAAUAGAAGAGGAUGAAACACCACAUUUACAGAAAACUAAUUCAGAAGUUAAGCCAGUGGAAAAAAAGAAAAGUGUAGUAUUUCUAUCCGAAGACAAUUUAAGCCCAAAACAUUCCAGCAUUUUAAAAUUAGCCUCACCACUACAAGAGGUAAGACAUAAAAAGGAGAGAUCACCUCAUUUUUCAGAUGUGUUAAUAAUACCUCAUAAGGCCCCGGUACAAGAAAAUACAAAUAAAAAAGGAAAAGCUGUGGCUUUUGCACAAAAAGAAUAUAUUCCACCAGUUAUCAGAGAAGAAUCUGCAGAAUUCAAACCAAAACAUCAGAAAAUCAGCAAGGGUGAUCUUGAUCCUUUUCUAAGGAGUAUAAACAGCAAAACGUCAUUCAGAAAAAAGGAAGACCAAGAUAUAUACAAAUGUCCAAACAUUUUAAGUGCAGAGGUGUUAGAGUAUGAAGACCAAGACCCUCCUUACCCAACACAUUUAAAAUCUGCAGAAACUACAAGCAUAACCUGGGCAGAUGAUCCUAAUCUCAUCACAGUACAGAUGUUAAACAAGAAGAAUAAGUUGUCUUCUGAUCGGUCUAUCACCACAACAAAGACUUCAGACUCUAAGAAUAAACUGUCAAGUGGUAAUCCUACUAUCAUUAUAACCAAGACUUCAGAGGCUAAGAAUAGGUUGUCAUGUGAUCCUUCUAGCAUCACAACAAAGACUUCAGACACUAAGAAUAAGUUGUCAUGUGAUCCUUCUAUCAACACAACAGAGAUUUCAGACACUAUAAAGUUUGUGCUUAAUCCCUGUAUCUUCACAAGGGAAACUUCAGAUAUGCAGAAUAAAUUACAAGAAAGACUACUAAAUCUAUCUUUACCAAACUUCAAAAGAGAAUCAUCAAUAACUGGAAAUGUAAAUAUGUAUCACCCCUCUAAAUCAUUAGAUUUUACCUCUGAUAUUGAAAAUUUAAACCAGUCAAUGGUACUCAAGUCAAUUUUAAGUAAAAAUCUGCAAGACCUUUCAGACAAGUUAUUUUCUGAAGCAGAAGUUUGUAUAAACACUGAAGCAAUACAGAAAAGUUCAUCUCCACUUGCAAGCAUUCAUGAUAGGCCAUCGAGUGGUAUGGAAGAUAAAGUAUUUGAAAAAGUCCAAGAUAUAAGCAGCUGGCUUUCACCAAAAGACAUUUUAAAUUCCCAGUCUCUUUUAAGUCCGGUAAUUAAAAGUAUUCCUGCAGAUUCACUUCCAGAAGGUGAACCAGGAAAAUCUCCAGAGGUAGAAGAUGUCUCUGAAAACCACUUAGAGUUUAAUGAAAAAGAUUUUCCAUUUAAAAAAAAGAGUAGUUUCAAAAGAAAACAUUUAGUAAGUGAAGUAUCUAGCUCUAAACUGGGUUUAAAUGGUAGUAUAUAUGACUAUGCUAUAAAGCAAAUAUUCACCACACCCAUGUUCUCACAACUGGGUUUAGGAUCGAAGGUGCUGAGUGAGGCACAGAUGGCUUUGCAGGAUCAGUUGCUCACAUCUUGGAAGAGAAAUGUGGCUUUGAAUAUUCUUGACUAUGAAGAAACAGACCAUGAAGUACAAUUGUCACAGCCCAAAUCUGUUAUAAGCCAAAUAAUACAAUCAUUUCCUGUAGAUACUCUUUUAGAAUCUGGGGUAAUAAAAGUGAUAGAACUCGAUAAAGAAUACCACAGCUCUUUGCUGGAUACAAAAACGGCUUUUCCCGAGAAAGAGCUUAAGAAUUCCUCAGAGGAACCCUCAGAUGUCAAAAAUGAAACAGAACUUCUUUCAGGACAGAAUACACCUAUCAUUCCCCACCAAAACACUUCUCAAUACACAGAAGACAGCCCAAACAUGCCCUUACAAGAAUCAAAAUCUUCAACACCAUUUGAAAAAUCAGAUUUGCCAAAUGAAGGUCAGAGUCUUCAUACAGAAGAAAAUGAUCUAACUUCUACUUUAGAAAGUUUAAGUAAGUCAUUGGGUAAACUUAAUGAGUCAGAUACAACAAUGUUAAAAUCCUUUCUAAAAAGUAUCUUCAAUAUUUUUUUCAAAUAUAAUCAGUCUGAAAGAAGACAACCAGUAAAAGAAUUAGAAAGACUAAUUCAACAUUCUUUAUCAAAUAGUAGAGAACACUUUGAAAAAAUUCAAGAAAAUUUUAAUAAAGCAGACAAAGUACAAAGAAAACCCAUUUUGAAUCUAAAGCUGCGUAUGUUUCUAGAAGAACUCUCAGAAUCAGAAGUGAAAAAUUUAAAGUCUGAGUUAAGUAAACACAUCCAGCAUUACCUUGUAGAAAGACUUUCAGAAUCAGGCCACAUCACCAAGGAAGACUUACCAAAAAUCUACCAAAAUCUGUAUCUGAUGAAUGAGAAGGCCGAAUUAAAAGAACAAAACCCCUUUAAGGAGAAAUAUUGUGAAACUGUAAAAGAAAUCAUGUCUUUCAUAAAUAAUUUUAACCAUCACUUCAUAGAUAAACAUUUAGAAAUAGAAUUAAGAUCUUUUCUAAAUGAAAUUCUCCAAAAUUAUUUCCUGGAGAACCUUUCAGUGAGCAGUUUAUUUAAUGACACAAAAGCUGUGAUUAUGCACUCCAGCAUAUCUUCUCUAAGAAGUCAAAGGGCCCCAAUGUCUCUUCAUGGGCUAGGGCAAGAUAUUUCAAGGGGGAGUUUUGGACGAAGGCUUGAAAUAAACAUGAAAUAUCCUUUAAAUAAACCUCUACAAAAUUAUCUUAGAGCUUUAUCAGAAAAUGAAUUAUUAAAUCUAAAAGCUAAUUUAAGUAAAUACCUCCAGAUCCUUUUUGUAGAAAAACUUUCAAAAUCAGGACUAAUGACAGAAAGACAACUAAUGGGGAUCAACGAGCAAAUGAAUUUAUUUCACUCUACUUCUAUACCAUUAAAAUACAUAAAAACAGAUUUAUCCUUUAGAGAUGAAAAUUACUUUAUGAGGGAGGAUUCAGAAGAACAAAAAAAAUAUUCAAAAAUUGGUCAAAACACCACUUCACAAAAGGUUUCUGAGGAUAAACAUGGAGAAACAGAACUGAUCAGAAAGGAGGAAAAGGGAUAUUCUUUCCUACACAAUUUAAAAGAAGAUCCGCCAACAAUAGUGGAACAGAAAAAUGAUUACACUAAAGAAGGUAAAACACUAAAUUUAAUAAAAAUACAACCUUCAAACAAAAAUAUCCAGGCACUUCCAUUAAAUAAGGCACUAGAAAAACCUGCAGAUUUAUUGCUCAAGAAACACAAGAAAGAUGAUGGUUUCAUGCAACUUCCUCGAGCAGAAAAUUCUGUUUAUAAAAUAGAGAUUCAAGACCCAUAUAGUUGGGAUGGUAAAUCAAAACCUUGCUUUGAAAAGACAGGAAAAAUGAAGCCUGUUGACAAAAGGGAGAACAUUAAAUUAAUUGUUCAAGAAAAACCUGAAGCAAGGUUGUCACCUUAUCCAAAAAUCCCUACCUAUAAAAUUCCAAGGGAAAAUGAAGAAUAUUUAAACAGACUCCCUUUCCCUUCCUGGCAGACUAAUACUUUCAUUCCUGUCAACUCAGAGAGUGGGGAACUGUCAAAAUUAGACCAGUAUUGUCAGAGAUGGAAAGGAAAUAACAACAACAAUAAAAAACACUUGGUAACAUUUGCACAAUUCAAGAAUGAAAUGGAAAUUCUUUAUAUAAACCCAUACAAAGUUUGCAAUGAAAAAUCUGCCAAGAUCUCUGAAUCACAAUCAUUUAAAUAUAAAGAAGAUGACAAAAACUCUAGGCCAUCCUUCUCCCCGGAAGUAUGGAAAAAAGAAAAUGUGAAAUUGAAAAGAAAAGAAAGAGACCAUGCUGCCAAACCAAAAAAGUCCUUUCAUGAGAUAGUUAGGAUACUACCAGCCACACUGCCCACCACAAGAACUCAUCUAAGGAAAUCUGUUCCAAAGACUUUAUUUCACUGGACUGCAAGAAGAACUACACAUGAUUGUUUGGAUAAAUUCGAGGAUUUACAUGUACCCUCAAUUAAACGUCCUAAAAAAUCAAAAUCAAGAGCAAGACUUUUAGGAAAGAGUCCAGAAGAUACCCACAAUCAGGCAAAAUACUGUGUACGGCCAUCUACUGCUCCAGAGCCUAACAAACGACAAGAAAGUGCCACUGGAAAAUUUGCAAGUCCUCGAAUGGUUUCAGCAGGCUUAGUUCAUUUAUAUGAUACAAUCCCAGAUUAUGAGAUACGUAAAAUGAGGCCAAAAAGAAAAUUAGAGGAUAUUGAAAAGCGUCUGCUCAUUUGUGACAUUAUCCAGAUGCUAGACACGGCAGAAUGA